AAAAAGCCUUUCAAAUAUCCUAUUUUAAACCCGGAAGUGAUAUCUUUCACCGGUGCGGUGUGAGGGGAACAUCAAGUUCGGGGUUGGAGCGAAGAUAGUGGUGUCCUACCGUUGGUCCACAUAUCUUCAUGAAUGAAGAUGACUGGAGAAGAGCUAGUGUAUUUGGGCGUCCUUGCUGCCACCAUCCCUGUUGGAUUUCUCUUUCGUUACCUCAGUCCGCCUGUGAAGCAGGUGACGGCUCUUCUUCUGGGCCUGUCCAUCACCAUCGCCCUGUGUCACAUCCAUACACUGCACUCCCUGGUGACAGUGAUAGGAACAUGGAUCAUCAUCAAGAGCAGCUGGCGGCUUGCCCCAGCAUUGAGCCUCAGCUGGUCUUUUCUCUACCUCCUGUUUUUCCGACUGGUCACGAAUUUUGAUCUUCCCAAGCCAACACCUUUCGCCAACGCCGUCCAGCUGCUUCUCACACUGAAGAUGGUCAGUCUUGCCAAUGAGGUACACAGCUUCCACGUUGAGAAAAAGAGAGAUGUGAGCUCCUUUGCUAAGUCUCCAGUCAUUGGUGGUCUGUCUCAAGAACCUUCCCUCUAUGACAUUCUGUCCUAUAGUUACUGUUAUGUCGGUAUAAUAACCGGCCCGUUCUUCCGUUUCCAAACUUACAUGGACUGGCUGAAGCAGCCGAGGCCGCUGGCUUUGCCCGGCUGGGAGCCCUGUCUGCAUCGAGUGAAGAUGGUCCCUGUUUUCGGGGCUCUGUUUUUGGCCGUCAACCACUAUUUCCCACUUUCUUAUGUACGCACAGAUGAGUUCCUGGAUGAGAACAUUUUCUUCAGGUUGUUCUACAUGGUGGCAGUGUUCUUUGUGUUCAGAAUGCGUUUCUAUGCGGCGUGGUGCGGCGCUGAGGCAGGCUGCAUCAGUGCCGGCCUCGGCUGCUAUCCAGAAAAGGCCCUUUCCAAACCUGGAGGAGGACCUACUGUCGACUACAGUCCUGAUCCAACCAAAGAGGAGAGAUAUGACUUCAGAACCAUUCAGAACAUUGAUUGUUACAACACUGACUUUUGUGUGAAGGUCCGACAUGGCAUGCGCUACUGGAACAUGACUGUUCAGUGGUGGCUUCAUCACUAUAUCUACCCAAACGCCCCCUUUAAGUCCUACGCUCUCAGGGCUGGAUGGACCAUGCUCAUCAGUGCCUACUGGCAUGGAUUGCAUGCAGGUUACUACCUCUCUUUCCUAACCAUCCCGCUGUGCAUCGCAGCUGAGUCUGCCAUGGAGUCAGCUGUCAGAGCCAAGCUGGCUCCCAGUGGGCAGAACAUCUUCGAUUGGAUCCACUGGUUCCUGAAGAUGAGGGCCUACGACUACAUGUGCAUGGGGUUCGUUCUGCUGAAGGCGUCCGACACCAUCAACUACUGGACGUCCAUCUACUUCACCAUGCAUGUCAUUGCCGUUGGCUGCAUAAUAGUGGGCAAGGUCUUAAAGGGGGGGAGGAGAGAGGGGAGGAAGGGGGAAAAGGAGCAGACAAGUGAGGGGGGGAAGACUGAAGAUGUGAAGGAGAAAAAUGGACAGAAAACAGAGUAAAAUGAGGACAAAAAAGGACUGGUUUUAGCCUUUUGGAGAUCAGAGUGUGUGAUCCUUCGAGUUCUGAUUCUGCCACUAAACAUGAUCCAAGAUGAUUUCUUCUUAGAAAAGUGUAUUUUAUUUAAAAAAGCAGUUAUGAGUGUCAUUUGUGAAAUCCUGUAAAAAAAAAAAAACUACUAAAGUUGUUUUUGUUUGAUUCCCACAAAAUUCAGGGAAUCUCUGGAGAGAAACUGGGAAAGUGAAUGUUGCUUUUUAUGUUGUUGGAUGUAUGUACGGUUGGAGGAUCUUAUUUUACACAAAUAGAGUUGAACAUGAUGACCAAAAGUUCAGACGUGGCUUUAGGAAUAUGUCAAAUCAAAAUGUAGAGGCAGGUUGUUAAAAACGACAUUAAAAAUAAUUUAAAUCCUUUUAAUAUUUUUAAGACACAUGCUCUUUAAGAAUGGACAUAUUUUUUGUUAGAAGUAGCACUUAAGAAAACGUCUCCGCUCACAUUAGGACUGUAUUCCUGUUAAAGUUGUACCUCUAUCUUUUUGCAUUAAGCAAGUGUUGAAUUUCAUUUUCUGCUCAUUAACCUCUGCAAUGCUGUGAAUUCAAAUAGUUUGUAUAGAGGGAUUUAUUUUACUUCUCUUUGCUGGUAGGAUUUUGGAUCAAAUCACUAACAUAUUUGCUGUCACCUCUGCAACAGUGUUGUGACCUGCGCACAUUAUAAAAGACAACUAAAGUUCAUUUACUGCCUAAAUAUCUGCACUGCAUUCAGGGUUGGGACCAAACAUUUAAAAGGUUUUUUUUAGAUAAAUGUAUGUUACACUGCCAAGUGAUUUAUAAUUUCCAAUGGGAGAAGUUAAAUAAAAAAACAACAAAUGACUGCGAUUUAAAACAUAAGCGAAUGUUUGCUGUUUUCUCCAUAUUUAACAAUAUUAAUAUGGAUGUUGCUAACAUAUGACCUAAGCUGUCUGAUCAAACAUCUGUUCCUAUAUGAAGAUGACUGCAGGUUGUUAAAGGUUUCCUCUUCAGAAACUUCAUAUUCAUCAUCCUCUGUUUACAAGUAGGACCAUUUGAAUCACAAAUUAUUUUAAAAUAAUUUUUGUUUGACAGUAACAGUUUGUGUUUUCAAAGUAUCAAUGUUACACUGUGGCUGUAAAAAGUUUUUUCCCUGGUCAUGUCUUUUUCCUCCUCUGUGUUUUUGUUAAACCAGCUCCUCUGGCUUGGAAACAGCAUUAAAUAUAAAUUCUGCCUUUU